AUGGACGAAAUCGAGGACAUCGUGCGGCGGAUUGGCCGACAGCAGGGCGAAAAUGCGUACUACCGUAGCUGUUACGUUCUUCUCAAACAGCUGCAGGACGCGGUUGGACAAGCCGCCGAAGAUUUGCUCCGUUUUCACCAGUCCGGUGCUUUUUUAUCUUCCGACGACUUUCAUCCCGCCUCCCAAAUCGCCGAUGACCUGCGCAACGCUAUUUACGACUUGAUGUGCCAGGAGCGCAAAGCUCAGUUGGCCUGGGAGGAGUUUUGCUAG